AGUGGGGGGAAACAACAGACAGGAAGGAAAGGGGGGUGGGGUGGGGGGCAGCGGGGGGACGUCUCGGGCGGAGGGAGGGAAAGAGCUGAGGAGAAGUUUUAGAUGAGGAAAACAGAGGAAGGGCAUGACGGAGCUUUUUUGAAGGCCUUUUCCAGGCCAGCCUCUUUGGACAUGUACGCGGAAGGCGGGCCGGCAUGGAGCCCCCCAGGCUUUUUCCAGCCCCACGGCGUCGCCGGCCCCUGCCCCUGCCGCGGCCGCUACGGUGCACCAGGAUACCGCUCGCAUCCGGACGGCCACGGGGACGCCCGGCCUCCUCGGGGUCGGGACGUAGGCGGGGGGGCGUCCGGAGGCGCUCGGCGGAGCCCCCAGAGACGGCCCGCGUUCCCGGCCCCCGGCCCUUGCGGCCGCUCGGACGACUUGGCCCGACUCGGCCCCCCCCGGGAGCGGAACCGCUCGUCCCAGUUGGCCGCGAGACGCCGGCCGUCUUUCGGGGGGCAGUGCCGCUGCGCGCACCCCUUUCACCUGCGGAUAGCGCACCCGCUCCCUCAUCUGCGGGUGGACGGUCAAGUGCACGCGGAUGGCGGGACGGCGCACCGUGACGCGUUUGCGGACGGAGGAGAGGACGCUUUGACGUGCGGCUCGGGUCACUGCGUGGCCAAGAGACAAUACGGCCGCCAGGAAAACGGCGGAUCGGCGGAGAACUGCAACGCUUUCUUCCCAACUCAAGUCCCACAAAAGAACCUGGCCCGGGACGAGGCGAAGGAAACGCAAGUCGCUGAGCGGCACCGCGGCCACGCUUGGUUUUUGCCAAAGCAAGCGAGGCGGCGGCAGUCGGUGACGGAUCAGAUCCGACAAGUGGUGACGGAUCUGGAGGACGUCUUGGGAGGUUUGAAGCGGAUUCACGCCGAGAUGAAAGAGGUCGUCGAUCAGAUCGAUCGGCUCACGGCCAAGAUGGACCUCGGCGAGGAUCCGCGCGACGCGGCCGGUGGAUGGACGGGCGACACCGGCACCUCAGCUCGCCAAGGAGAAGCGACGCUUUGGCCGAGGGCUUGCGACGAGGGGCGCCUCAUCCUGAGAACAAAUUCACCAUCCGCCGUUCACGUGGCAUCCGUGGUCAAAACCCGCCGCUUGGCCUCGCCGGGUCACGCCGAGGACCGUCGACACGCAAACGGGCCUCCGCCUCCGCCGUCCGACCCGGAGUCCCGUUGGCAAGACCUCAAUCCUCGAGUCGUCAUUGGCAACGGCGCGACCCGGAGGACUCAAAAGCCUCCGCCGUACCCGCACGACGCAUUUUGCGGCAAAGGCUCGCAGCCGUCCAGCAAAGCGGCGAGGAGCCCCGCGUACGUCCCCAGAGGCCGCCGGAACGACGGCGCGGCGUGAAGAAGGGGGAGAGACCGUGGCGGCGGCGGCGGCGCUCUGCCCCGGGGGCUUGAAACACGACACCCUGCGGCAGCCGGCGCAAUUCCGAGCGGGGGGAAACAACUGGUGCAGGAGAAGCUGUGGAGCGGGAUAUUUCUGAGCAGAAAACCGUUUAAGCUCGACGAUUUCCGUUGCCGGAGCUGCCCAAUGAGUUGACGGAUAAACUGCAACCAAACAAGUGGAGAUGAGCCGCUUCCUGAGAGGAGACGCGCCCACGAGCGGAGACGGUGACAAAAGCGCGUCAUGGCACGUCUGUCUUUUGUCAUUGAAGAAAUGAAAGCAUCCAUUUCCAUACAAAGUGGGAAGCAGACCACGGGCUCGGCGACUUCAACCGGAAAACUGAAAAAUGACUUGCACGGGGACGACUGCGGGAAAAUAUAGGCGGAUCGACACCUCAUUGGUAACGCUGUCUCUGAUACAUUAUGUAAUCUUCCUUGGGCGCUGUGGGCUCGGUUAUUUAUUUUUAUUUUUUUUAAGCUCACUCCCCUCCAAAUUCCUUUCCGUGAUUAUUCAGGUUGAAAUGGGUACACACGGUACUAAUGUCAGAUUGUGGUUAUGGAAAAUGGUCUCCCUUCAAAUGGCUCCAUUAAACCCAAAAUGUUGGAGAACUCUUUUAGCAUAAACGGGAAAAUGACUUGGAUGAAUGACAGUCAUUCGUUGGCGAUUGACAAUCAGAAUCCAUUUUCUGUGCGCAACCGUCAAAGGGCAUGCAAGCGCUUACCUUGAAAUCAGCCCUUCUCAAACAUUUUACACCAAGUUCCACCUUAAAAAAAAGAAAAGGAAAAACACUGAUCUCCACCUAUCAACAUUAAAGUGCACGUGCAGCUAAAGUACCCUUUAAAACUGUCCUUAAAUAAUGAUACAAUUCAAAUAUAUUGCACACAAAAUAUAUUUUCAAAAGUAUCCAUGUUAAAAUAUAUACAUGGUAAAAAUGACAACCAAAUGUAUUGAACUUAAAAGUGAAAUACGGCUGGCAGCGCUUUGUUGACGUCUCACUAGAGGGAGCCCGCGUCCCACACUUUGAUAAUCUUGCUUGAAAAUGAUGACGUUAUAGGGGAAGAACAAGGGGGGGUUAAUGACACGAUUAAUUGAUUGCACUUAACAGCAAACAGUCGGUGGCAGCUCAUGUGAAUGUAUAUGCGUCGAGUUAAAGCUACUUUUAAAAACAAUUAAGCGCUUCAUAUCAUGGAGGAUUGGACGGAUCGUUUUUUUUUUUUUUUUACUGUGUGCCAGAUGAGAUACAAGUGCAGUUAGCGUGAAUUCGUGUGUGUGUGUGUGUUUCUCAACUAAAUCAUUCCGACACCUCAAUUAUCCGGCGGACGAGAUAAUGCAGCUCCGAAUGUCCUACAUUUGAACUUUGAAAUAAAAAGAAGUGACUGUACCA